AUGUUUGUUCCGGUGUAUGUGUUUGCCCCAGUGAUAACGGAUGCCCGAUGCGAGGAAUCCAGGUGCGACUUCACGCACGACCGGGACUCCGUGGCAUCCAGCGAUGCCGUUCUUUUCAACUUGGAGGAGAUAUUCUCCGUGGAUGGAGGCCUUGACCUGCCGAAAAGGAGCCGUCCCGACCAGACGUGGAUUCUCUUGCUUCUCGAGGCCCCUUAUCACUCUAGAUUGGAUCUGGAAAGAACGAUUGCGAACAAGAAGGGGAAGGUUGCUUGGAUUGCAUCGCAUUGUAAUACCAUGAGCCGAAGAGAAGAGUAUGUUGGCCAACUUGCCAGGUACAUCGAAGUCCACGUAUACGGAAGAUGCGGUCCUCGAUCGUGCGGUCGCGUCCUCCGUCUCAUGGACCCCUUCGCGGAUUCCCGAUGUCACAGACGAUUGGGAAGAACCUAUAAAUUCUUUUUGGCCUUCGAGAACAGUCUAUGCCGAGACUACGCGACGGAGAAGUUCUACCUCGCCCUCAAGCACGACAUGGUCCCCGUCGUGAUGGCAAGCGCCGCCGACUACGACUCCAUCGCACCGAGGAACUCUUUCAUCAAAGCGGACGACUUCCCAUCUCCGAAAGAUUUGGCUCAUUACCUUCACCUUCUCGACGCAAACGACGACCUCUACGGGGAAUAUUUGAAGUGGAAGAGAGACUUUCGAGUGGAGCUAGGAUUUCCCUUCGAUCCGCUUGUGUGCGAUCUCUGUUCUAAACUCCAUGGAGUUCGCUCUCCGUCGCGUUCUCGCGCGCACCGCAGUUUGUACGAAUGGUACGUGAACGAGUCCGCCUGCCGCGUCUUCGAUGUUUCCCAUCUUCGCUUUCAACCUGUAUCUACGGAUGAGCUCGGGGGCUCCUACGAUGGACCUGGGGAUGAUGAAUGGAAGAAGCUGUUUGCAGAUAGGGAAAUCGAGAGUCGAUCUCAAUGA